UCCAGUUCUGUAACCACAAUGGUAUUAGGUGGAGGGAUAAUUUACAUCUCUCUUGAAGUGCUCAUCGCUGUGGGAUGCUGUCUGGGCAAUGUGCUGGUGAUCUGGGCCGUGUGGAGGAGCGGAGCCCUGAACCAAACCCCUUUCUGCUUGAUCGUGUCUCUGGCGAUGGCAGAUUUCCUGGUCGGGGCCAUGGCCAUUCCUCUGGCUGUGAUUGUGGACGUCCACGUAAAGAUCCCUUUCCAUGCCUGUCUGUUCUUCAGCUGUGUCCUGAUCGUCCCGCUACAAGCAUCAGUGCUCACCCUUCUGGCCAUUGCUGUGGAUCGUUGCCUGCGGGUUUGUAUCCCAUUCGGGUACAAUUCUACAGUCACUAAGAAGCGCACCUGGAUCCUCGCCGCUGUGUGCUGGAUACUGGCGUCCGUACAGGGCUUCUUACCGAUGUUGGGAUGGUACAACCAUGACACACUGGCACAUUACAAUUCCACCUCCAUAGACUGUCAAUUCACUGCUGUCAUUCCUGAUUCAUACCUGGUCCACUUCAUCUAUGAGUGUUGUUUUCUUCCUCCGCUGGCAAUCAUGAUUACUUUGUAUGGCUAUAUCUUUCUUAAAAUGAGACAGUCGAGGGGGAGAGCAGGUGUGGCGGCUGAAACUGGUGAAUAUAACCAAAAGGAACACAAACUGGCCAGAUCUCUGGUUUUGGUUUUGGCUCUUUUUGUUGUUUGCUGGCUGCCGUUACACGUGAUACAAGCCAUCACGUACUAUAACCAGAAUAUACAUGUACCGUCCAUUGCUUUAUACUUUGGCAUUCUCCUUUCUCAUGGCAACUCGAUGGUUAACCCUGUAGUGUAUGCCUUCAAAGUCCCUAAGAUUAAGAAGGAGUACAGGAAGAUUUGGAGGAGGGUGAUUGGUCAAGAGCAGCAGGCAGAUAUAAACGCUCCUGCUAAUAAUACCUCAGACAGCCAUGAUGGACGAGUUCAUGGGAAAAUCAGUCCAGAGAUGGGAGUCAAUAGCAUUCAUUUAACUUUAUUCCAUGUACCAUGAAACGUACCAAAAGAAGGGGGGAUUUAUAUGAUUUUCUUAGAGUGUAAUUGCAAUAUUGCUUUUUCAAACCUUUCAAGCUUUUCUGACCUAAACUAAACUUGACAGAUUGCAGUUACCCUGUUGUGCCAGUAGGGCUCCUCCAAACACCACUGUCAAAGUCUGAAAGUAACUGUAUUUUUGGAUAAGAAUCUAUGAAGUUAUGUACCCUCUUUCUCCUUAUUUCU